GCUUAAGCUAGAGAUGUGAUAGCGAACGCGAAAUAGAAACUCAGUUGAGUUAGCGUUCCAUCGCGACCGGUCGCCUCUCGAAUCGACGGACUAGUGCAACGAAAGAAGUGCCUUUAGUGGAGUGCCAGUGUUUUUUUGGAAGUUUUUCUGUACAAGUGCCUAAUAGUGUGUAUAUUUUUAAGUGUUGACUGAAAAUAUAUAUUUUCACUAUGGAAUUAAGAAGGUUGUCCCUCUGUCUGGCGUUCCUGCUGGUCGCUGUUAUUUCACAUAGUUCAGAAGCGAGACACUCUUUGGAACGACGAGAGGCUGACGUGGACUUCUUCCAGGAUGACCCGGGCUCCGACAACGAACAGAACGACGAAGGAGAGGAUGAGGACGGGCCUAUUCCGAACGCCACAAUCCUCACCAAACCAGAGGUGUACAAAGUGCCUAUAGGAAAAGGAGUGCGGCUGGAAUGCAGGAUCGAUAUCCCAGAUACGAUGGUAACCUGGAUGAGGGGAGACAUAGGCCUGGUCGUGCUUGGAACACAACUGGCUGAUCCGAACAAGUAUCAAAAGAACGGUACUGACCUCAUUAUCCACAAUGUGGUGCAAGCAGAUGCAGGUGGCUACCAGUGCAAGGUUGAGCAAACGCCUCCCGUUCAAAUUGAGCAUCAGAUCGUUGUUGAGCAGGCAGCACAAAUUACUAGCAUCUCAGCGUCGGAUGACGGCAAGCCAGCCCCAGGGUCGGAUCUCACCCUGUCCUGCAGUGCUACCGGCAUCCCCGCCCCGAAGAUCAUCUGGUCGAAGCUGGUCAAUGGACAGAACGCAAAGAUCGGUGAAGGAGCCGUCCAUACCAUCAAGAACGUGAAGGCGGAAGAUUCUGGCACCUACUACUGCUAUGCCAUGGGCACCACCAACGCUGAUACGAAGACUAUUGAAGUCUCUGUUAGAAGGAAGCCUAAUGUGCACGUUCAUCGUUCCGUCAUCAACUCUGCCAUUGGUGUGGAGGCUUUCAUGAGGUGCAACGUCCACGAGCAAGAACCGGUCUCAAUCAGGUGGUUCAAGGGUGACCAGGAGAUCGAUCCGUCGCGUUACACCACGCAGGGCACAGAGUCCAACUUCACUGUCGUCCCGCAGUCCGACGCCGAUUUUGGCACCUACACCUGCAGGGCCGAAUGCGUCUUCGGUACCCACCACCGUUCCAUCGAGCUGGUUGAGACCCCUGUAGUGGAGCGGCUGGAGUCUGAUGGCAGCAAACUGUCCUGGUCCGUCCACUCUCACCUGCCACUCAGGAGCAUCGAGAUACAGCUUAUUGAUACUGUCAAUGGAACCUCGAAGAACAUCGAAGUACCAGUGCCGGACCAAAAGACUCACGAAUACGAUUUCACAUACGUCGUGAAUUCAGUGCAACCUGGCCUCUAUGAUGCUGUGGUGAAGGUCGAAAAUUCCAAGGGCAUGGGCGAGAACAGCUUACCUGUUGAACUUAAAGACGUUGAACAAGAUCCUGCACGCAUCCAAGUUGCGAGAUUGGGCCCAUCCCCCGGCGCGGCGCACGCGCACAGCCCGACGACGGCGCUCAUCUCCACUGUGCUAAUGUAUCUGCUCGUUCGAAUGCUGUAGACCUGUUAGCCCCUUUAGUAUUCGUUGGUAAACGGCACCAUUCGACAAGCGCGGAUCCAGGGGGGGGGCA